AUGGACCCGGUCGUCUCCGAGGAUCAGAAAAGCUCGAUUUCCGCGGGUUUUUCACCGGUUAUGGAAAACCGUGACCGGGGUGGUUUAAACUUGACGUCAUCGGGUGCGGGCAUCCCCGUGAUUUACAGGAGCCUCUUUGACGGCUCGGAUGUAUUCGGCGACGUCGACGUCGAGGGUGACAAGAGUGCGGAGGACAACAGUGCAGGUGAAAUCGUGCGGGUGACAGUGACGAGAAUAUUAAACGCCAGUGAUUACUACGCGACUAGGGGUGGCGCCCCCACAACCCCUUCCACACCCAGCGCCCCCCAAUCCGGAGAUGACAGCAUGCUGAACAACUGGUGGGCAAUGCUGGCCCUCGUCCUCGUCCUCGGGACAGCCGCAGGGAACAUUUUGGUCUGCCUCGCCAUCACCUGGGAACGCAGACUCCAAAAUGUGACCAACUACUUUUUAAUGAGUCUCGCGAUCACCGAUCUCAUGGUUGCGGUUCUGGUCAUGCCCCUUGGAAUACUGACCCUCGUUCGCGGUUACUUUCCACUGCCGGCUGUCUACUGUCUGGCCUGGAUGUGCCUCGACGUGCUUUUCUGCACAGCGAGUAUAAUGCACCUCUGCACAAUAUCGGUUGACAGAUAUCUGAGCCUCCGUUACCCGAUGAAAUUUGGACGCAACAAAACGCGGCGACGAGUCACCCUCAAGAUAAUAUUCGUAUGGCUUCUCAGCAUCGCUAUGAGCCUUCCUCUAAGCCUGAUGUAUUCGAAGGACGAUAAUUCGGUUCUCGUGAACGGAGCCUGUCAGAUACCAGAUCCACUCUACAAGCUGAUCGGUAGUAUAAUCUCGUUCUACAUUCCAUUGGGAGUGAUGCUCCUGACCUACGCAUUAACGGUUCGUCUCCUAGCGGAACAGCGUCAAAAUAUUGGCGGAGGAGCAGGUUGGUCCUCAGGGUGGUUGGGUGGGCCCCAGGGCACGCCUGUGGGAGGUUUGGACAGAAGGUGUACAUGGAGAAGAUUGCUGAUGAACAAGGGCGGCGGUGGUGUGGGGGUCGGUGGGGUCGGCGUGGGGGGCGGGGGUGGUGGCACGCCGCAGCAUACUUCCGGCGCCUCGACAGACACGGAACUGACUACCAUCGACACACACGAACUGUGGUUACCGGAAAGCGACCCACCGCCUUCGGCGAUGUCAGCUCUCCACGCUUUUGGUGCCGAAAUGCUAAAGCUUUCGAGAGGCCUGGAAGGCAUGGCGGCGGCAGCUGCGGGUAGCCAGACGCCACCGACACCGAGAUCAAUUAAUCAUCAACACCUGAUACAGCAGCAGCAGCAUCAGCAUCAGCAGCAUCAUCAUCAUCAUCACACGAGUAGUCUGCAUCAUCGUUGCAACUUUCGAAGCGGAUUCGACGGAAGUGCACCAAGCAGUGCAUCAGGUUCUCGAACAAGCCUGACACUGCAGGGUGUUGAUGAAGGAUGUCCACCGACACCAUGGCGUCAACGACGUCGAGCGUCAACGUAUAACGAGGCGCACCUAAACCGUGUGAACACGCCGCCACGAACAGGCCGAAAACGAGCGGCGAGUUUCCACGUUCAGAGAGAGUUCACGCGAUCGCCAACGGCGCCGGACGAUCAAGAGGUGCAGGAAUCGGUGGCGUCGCCACAGUCGCCACGUGGCGAAGAGAGGGGGGAUGAGAGGGCGCUGCCUCUGCCACCUCCAUGCACGUGUCCCUACUUCGGCGAAGGUUCUGAGCGACAGCCGCGUCGUCCGUCGACAGAGUUGGUUAUCGUUUCGAGCGAUACGUUGAAGCCGAUCGGUAAAGGGCCGCUCGACAUGGGCCUGCUGGCUCGGCAGCGGGGCCCGGAGUCUGGGUCCGUCGUGACUUGGAGGGGGGGAAGGCGCGGCUCGAGCGUCGGUAGUACAAAGACGCUACUGGCGCCACCUAGAGCUUCACCGCUUCGUCGUGCCGCGACGAUGCGCGCGCACAACGGCGCCGCGACCCUAGCGGCAAAGAGCAACAGCUCAUCGCCAUGUUUGAUGCGCUACACGGGCCCAGUUCGAACUCAUCAUUCCAGAACGAGCAGCGUGGUCUCGAGGAACAGUUCGCGACAUGGUAGGAUUAUCAGGUUGGAACAGAAGGCGACGAAGGUUCUCGGAGUGGUGUUUUUCACUUUCGUUAUCCUCUGGGCGCCAUUUUUCGUCCUGAAUUUAGUGCCCGCGUUUUGUCCCGACUGCGAGAAGAGGAUCAGUCACAAGAUCUUCGACCUCGUCACCUGGCUCGGGUACGCCAGCUCAAUGGUCAACCCCAUAUUCUACACAAUUUUCAACAAGGUCUUCAGGCAAGCUUUCAAAAAGGUCUUGCUCUGCCGGUACAGAAACCAGACUUGGAGGCCCGCCAGGUAGGCCCUGCCUAAGCGACGACCCAGGGGCGCCGCUAGUCGAGUCUGACGAUCCUAGAUCUGGGUGGAGGAAGUACCACCCG